UUAGAGCUUUCGUCUUGCUUGAAUUCUUGAUUGUCAUAACUGUCUCUGCAAUAUUAUAGGCUAGAGUAAAGAGAGGCCUAGAGUUAUCAAUUGAUAUUACGUCAAGUACAAGUGUUUGGGACCCGUGAUUCGCGUGUACGCUGUCCUGUUGUUGCCACGAUGAUAGGCCCUACUGUACGAUAUUUAUGAUCUAUGCCAUAAACCAUUUUCACCUUUAAUGAUCACCAAAUUUAUAGGAUAUCAGAAUAGUAGGAUGAAUAGAAUGCCAGUCUCAAAGCUGUGGCUUCUGAACCAUGAUGGCACGGCCUUCACCUUGGGGUCAUCCCAGCGGAGAUUUGCCCAACUGGACAACACCUGGGAUGACUCGGUCCCGGUUAAGCGAGUGUCAGCCAGCCACUGGUGUGCCUGGUCUAUCGGGCAUGACCACAGGGUCUACAUCUAUGUCCUGGCCUCUGACGUGCCCAUCCGCGUUCCAGAAACUACUUACGAGAAUCAGCGCUGGACCCCUUUUCACGGGUUUUCAGGGAAGGGAUUGAUACCUACUGACCGACCAGGAUGGAGUUGUGAGCGGGGCCAUGAAUACAGACCCAAGGAAAAUGUUCGACUCCCUUCAGCUCACUGGGCCUGGGAGGGCGAGUGGUUCAUUGACGACAAUCUGAGGGGAGAGGUCGUUGGCUACGAGGGCUGGCAGUAUUCGUUUGACUUCCCCGGUGUUUACACGCCGGAGAAACACUGGAACUCAUGCGUGCGGAAGAGGAAGUGGAUACGAUUCAGGCGGUUCUCAUCCAUGGAAGUCUGGGCCCGGAUCUCAGACAUGGAGGUAGUGGAGAACACGGAGUGUUUCAUGGACCUCAGCGUCGGUGGAUUUCUUCUCCCCAGUCAGCCAGCCGGCUUCCUCUCUGUCUGGGCCAUCACAAACAACGGAAAUGUGUACGUACGGACGUCGGUGAACCACGAGAACCCCGAAGGUAGCCUGUGGCAGAUGCUGGAGAUUGGCGACCACAUGGGGCUCAUCAACGUGUCCGUCGGCUCCAGCAACCUGGUGUGGGGGGUCACGUGGGACGGACACGCUCUCGUCAGGAAUAAUGUCACAAAGGACAACGUGUAUGGAACGGGCUGGACUGUUGUAGAGUACCCCGACGAGGACACGCGGCUCAUGCAAGUAUCGGUGGGCAAGCAUGCUGUCUGGGCCAUCAGCAGAGAUGGGCAGGUGUGGUUCCGGAACGGCACGUUUGGCGACGACAUGUUCUGGAGCAGACAGUCUGCUGUGGGGACCAGCUGGGUCAAGAUGGUGGGAGAGAUGUCGCAGUUGUCUGUCUCUUCUAAUGACCAGGUGUUUGCGAUUUGCAACAACCUAAAGGAGGUCUACUUUCGCACAGGGGUCACUCGCUCGAACCUCACGGGGAAAACCUGGCAGAAAGUCGAGCUACACGAAGACUUGUCAGUCCUGGCUCGUCACGGCCUGCUGUCGGAGGGCUCUGUUUGUUUCUGUGGCGACAAAAACGCCGUGUGUGAGCUGCACGAGCGACGCCCUCGCUUCUCCUCCGUGACCACCAGCUGCAGCAGCAUCAGCAGCGCUACCGUCGCUGAGGAGGACAGUAGCGAGGCGAGCGGCUCGUACUCCCCGCAGCACUUCACCGGCGGGAUUCACCACGCUGUUAUUCCCCCCGCCUGGGACGCCAUGAGAGUUCCCAGCAUGAUGGAAGAACUGCCGCAAGAGGGGAGUAAUAAUGAUGAUGAUGUGAAUGAAGGAUGGCAGCUAGAAAAGGGUGGAGCCGACGAUGAUCAGAUGCAGGAUGGAGACGUUUUUGCGCCGGCAGCAGUAGCAGCUAUUGAGUCGAGUGUGGCAGAAAGUUUUGCGAGCGAGACUUCUGUUUCCGACACGUUGAUGGCUAGCACCGACACGCUGACCGGGACGUCUGUUCCCUCGACAAUCACCGCUGUGGGAGACACAAGUGAUGUCUACGGCGUCGUAAGUCCGUCUGCUUCACAAGCGUCGACCAUUUCUUUGGGUCGGUCGGUGCAUUCUGACGAGGCGAGAGAAACUUUCUCCUCGCCCCCACACAAGGCAGCUGAACUCUCGUCUACUUCACCAAGUGCUUCUGGGGUGGGAGAUGAUGGUGUUAUUUCUUCUCAAGGUGGUGAAAGUGUUUCAUAUUCUCCUGAGUCCGAGAAGUCUGCCAGCUCAGACUCUAACAAGGCAGGCAAGGAACAUUCCUCUCUCGCAUGGACAUCACUAUCUGGUAACGGUGUAACGGACGCCGCUUUACAAAGUGACGAUUCUGUACAAGGGGGAGUAACUGUGCAGGGUAACUCUGCCUCACACUCUGGUGGCCUCGUGGCCGCCAACAAAGAUGUGCAUGAUCUACAAGAGCGUUCAGCGAAUGAAGUCUCGGAAACGCACGCUCCCGAACAUUUGUCUGAGCCGGCAACUAAGAGUUCUUUGCCUGUGGGAGAUUUACACUCUCAUCAGUCAUCUCAUUCGGAUCACAGCGUUUCUGUCACUGCAGAAACACAUGGCGCUCACAUGGACCCCUCUGGUGACCCGAUUGAGAGUGCUGUGUCCAGGAAAACAGUGACCAAUGGUGGUGAUGGACAGGUUCCUUCUCAUGAAGGCAGCGUCGGAUUACUCUCUCAGCUCAGCGAGAACGAGACAAAAAAGUCUACUGAAAGUGGUGUUGCUGGUACGAAGGACGGUCAAAGAUUAGUGGAAGAAAAUUCUCGUGUUUCAAAGUUGAGCUCUGAGGAGACACCACUUAGUGGUGAGGAGGGGGCCAGUAAGUCGAGCCCCCCGGCCUGCAAGGUGAGAGAACCGGGUGAGAUCUCUCCUGAGAAAAGUGAUCGCUCUCCAAAGUCUGUGAUAUCAAAACUGCUCGGUCAAAUGCAUUCCAAGAGCAGUGGUAAUGCUGGGCUUAAGACAUUACAAACGGGUUCAGAGAAGGGGGCGUCGUAUUCCUCUGUCUCUCAACACUCUAAAGAUUCGGAGGAUUCGAUCCCAUCUGCUUCUCAGAGUGUGGUGGGUGACAAGGAACACGACUCCGUCGCCCAUUCUCCCAAACUUCGGAGGUCGAAGGAAAAACGAGUGAAAAUAAGUGAUGAAAACAGUAUUGUGUUUAAAUGUCAAAAUAAGAAAAAGUCGAAGAAAAAGAAAGCAUUACAUGAUUCAGUCACAGAAUAUGAGCGUGGUGGGACAGACAGCGAUGUCGAUAAAAGUGUAGAUGCAACUUCUCUAGGCAGCAAUGAUACCAGUAGUAUUGACGACAGCUCACGCUACGACGAACCAACGUCGCCGGUUCCAGAGUCGAACUUUCCUGCAACAAGUUCUGACAAAGGUCCGGGACAUUCUAUUGAGACCCCUCUGGUGACAGCAGAUCAGCGGGAGUUGGAAGAAUCGCAUGUGAUGACCCAAAGUCUUUCUGAUGACCGAGUUGAUAGUGCACCACUUAGCCUUAACGAUCAUACGGCAGCAUCUGUGAUUUGUGAGCCUACACGUGUCGUCGCUGACAUGUCCCUGGUAGCCCCUACUGCAGAGAAAAGUGUUGAAGUCACGCGGAAUAUUCGUGGAGAAGGGACCCCAGACGUCGGUGAAAUGUCGAUGGCGUCAUCGCACGACGCCAAAGCUUUCUCUGCUUCUGUCGACGUACAGAAAGCUCCAGUCAGCCUUGAGCCAAAUCCUGAGUCGCAGAAAAGUAUUUCGUUCAGCGAGGAGAAGUCGAUUCACUUCGUGGUGCAAAGACAGGAGGAGUCACAAGACGAGAAUUUCUCAUCGCUUCCUCCGGUGAUUGUGGGGAAUAACACGGAGUUGUCAGAAAGCAAUGUGGAGAUGACGAUAGACAAAGCCUUCCACAGUCUGGAAGUCUACAUGAACGAACACAACCACAAACAAGAAGCUGAUGGACACUCGCCGUCUUCCGAGGGUGGUGAGGGUGAUGGUCAAGGGAGUCGACCGCCGCUCACUAAGCAAGGCAGUUUUGAGAAUGAGCAGAGUCGACGGAGUGCCGAAUUUGCCGGGUCCCGUCUCGGCAGUCUCAACUCGUCGAUGGCGUCGGACGAAAUUAUCGAUUUUGUCACAGAUCUCAUCUCUGACGAGGAAUUCUCCGCAGAAGCAGAAGAAAAAACAGGAAACUCCUUGGAAAAUGAAAAUUGUGCGGCCACAGAUACUCAAGGCGCUACUCAAAACGGCAGUGGUAGUUCUGAAAGGGGGAAUACUAGUGCUUCCAGCGACGCCGGUACCAUGAGACAAAUGUCAACCGCUAGCUCUGCUUUCAGCGGCAGUGGGUCCACGGACAGAGGCAGCGUUAUCGACGUCUUCUCACCCACCGAGACUUUGUCGUCGCAGCCGUUACCCAGCGAUGACUCGACCAUCCCGGCCGUAGAACCCCAGCCAGCCAGGAAGAUAUCCCGCUACCGCAAGUCCCCGACCCCCAGCUACGAACCCUCGGGCCCCGUGAUCCCCCUGGCGGCCAUGACAGAGGCCCAGCCGCGGCUGUGCUGGAGGUGGCUGGAUGCCACAAGCUGCGUCAUCGACGACCCUCUCAACGUGCCAUGGCUCACCACCUCCAGACUCGAGACAGGAAAUCAAGUUGCUGCGAGGAAAAAGAUUUCACGUCACUUGAGGGACGGCAUUUUGAGACAGAUCGUAAAACGCAACGAGCGGGAGGCAUACACUUUCAAGAACAUUGAGCAGGCCAUUAACAAAACGACGUGGGUAAAGAAGGCUGCCAUGCACAUGUUCCGCUACGACCGUAAGUCCAGCUGGGUUGUGUGUAGCGUGGAGCUGGAGCAGGGCAUUGGGAACUUGACCGAGGGUUGUCUCACCGUCCACUACCAGCUCAAGGGCAAGCAGAAGCACACCCAACUAUCGCUGAGUGAGAUGACGUGCGUGAAGACGAGCUCCGACCCUGACCUUCAGUCGGCCUUCACCGUGUACACCUCGAUGACCAACCUCAUCCACCAGCCACUCAUGCUCAGGGCAAACUCCGAGAUGGAGGCCGCUGAAUGGAUUGGUUACCUGAGUACAGCCAAUGCUAGCGCGUGGAAUCUGAACCAGCCAAUCGCUGCAGGAGCUGUGUGGUCGUGCACCUUCACCGGAGACAUCUUUGUCAGCCCGGCGCGAUCGGAGGAACAGAAGCCCUUUGACCUAUGCUGGGGUCAGCACGGAGGUCACAUGAGCGUGGUGGAGACGGGGCCGAGCGGCGUGACGUGGGGGCUGGGCUUUGACCGCAUGGCCUACUACUACAACAAGGGCUACGGGGGAGCCAUCAGCUCAGGCCAGGGUGCUUUGUCUGACAACACGGUGCCCGUGACCGACUCUCACCGCGUGUUUGUCUACGAGAACCAGAAGUGGUUCCCUGUGGUGGGCUGGUGCAACAAGGGUGUGUUCAGCAACAACUUCCACUGGGUCACCGAGACUGGUCGCAGCGUGGCUUCUGUGGACGCCGUGAAGCUACCGUCUUCCAAGUGGCACUGGAUCAGUGAUUGGAUGGUAGACUUCAGCACCCCGGGGAGCGUGGACAGACACGGCUGGCAGUUCUGCAACAACAUCAACGGGCCUUUCCACGCUCACCAGAACAUCCGGGACAAUUUCCGAAGACGACGCUGGGUCAGACGAUGUCGCCUGACGGUGGUGGGUCCGUGGCAGACGGCCGGCUCCCUGGAGCUUGUCGACGUGUCCAUCCAGGUGGAUCCUCUGAUGACCAGCUCUGACCCGGUCAUCAUGUGGGCGGUCGGGGCCAACGGGGACGUGCUGUGUCGCAACGGGGUCACGGCCAGCAACCCUCUGGGCAAGAGCUGGAUCCAUGUGGCUACAGCCCUGGACAAACCCUUCAAGUCUAUCUCCGUCGGGGGAAGAUACCGGGUAUGGGGGAUCGCCAGCGACGGCUCCGCGUGGUAUAGGGCCGGAGUUACCCCCCAUAAUCCUGCUGGCAAGCGAUGGCUGCAAGUAGUCCCCCCACCCCCGGGGAACUUUGUCCUUCAUCAGCUGUCUGUGGGGGCCACGGCUGUGUGGGCAGUGGACACUGGAGACAACCUGUGGCGUCGAGAGAACAUAACCUCGACCUUCCCAGAAGGCACGGGCUGGGAGCUGGUGGCCAGUCGGGUCAAGCGGGUGAACGUGGGACCCACCGACCAGGUGUGGAUCGUCGCCGAUGCGUAUUUCUCCAAGAUGAAGCAUGGGCCGGGGGUAAUCUACAACAGAGUGGGGAUCUCACCGUCCAAACCGUCGGGCACCGACUGGGAGGUGGUCAUUGGGAGUGGCUGGGCCCAUGUGUCCGUGCGAGGAGUCACGCGGCAGAAACAGCAGAGUGGGGACCCGAGCAGCAAGAAGGACGAGAACUGGGAGAAACGAUGAUGAUUGUGUUGUCACGUGACCUCUGGUUGUGUCACACGACCUCUGAUUGUGUGUCACGUGACCUCUGAUUGUGUCACACGACCUCUGAUUGUGUCACGUGACCUCUGAUUGUGUCACGUGACCUCUGAUUGUGUCACGUGACCUGUGGUUGUGUCACAUGACCUCUGAGUGUGUCACGUGACCUCUGAUUGUGUCACAUGACCUCUGAGUGUGUCACAUGACCCCUGAUUGUGUCACAUGAACUCUGAGUGUGUCGUUGACAUCCGGCAGCUAUGGUAGAGAGCGUGUGUGAGUUGUGGUAUGCUGAGAGAGUAGUGCAAGAAAUCGUUUAGGUGGAGACUUCUGUUCUGUAUGUGGUUGGCAGUCCACAUUUAUGGUUGAUAUGCGAUGUGAGUUUCCUUUUGCUCAUAAACUUAACAGCGAAGUAAUACUCAUGAGUUUUAGUUUGUACUGAUCAUCGUCAUCGUCAUAAAGUGCCGGAUCUGAAACAGACAAGGGCAGUCGUGAUUUGACAUUUCAUUUCUCCACUGGGAAACUCUAGCACCAGCUAAAGAAAUGUGAAACGUGGUGACAAAAUGAGUUGCUUCUCAGAUUUCUAGCCUUAUGGAAAAAGAUAUAUCACGUUUAGAGGUGAAAUUUGUACAACUUAUUAGUGGGAAAUAAUGAAAGGCAUUUUAUAUUUAGAUAAAGUGGCAUUAAUAAAAAUUCUACAAAUUUUACCCUAGUGUCGAUUUUGAAGCCAAUAUCUCAAUUUGUGGAUAGCGAGAAGUAACUCAUUUUGUCAGCACGUCUCCCAAAUGUCUAUCACUAUCAGGUGCUGUGAGCGCCAGAUGCCCACAGCAACCCAGUAUUAUACCAAUUAUGUUAUACUCAGUGUUGUACCAAUUUGACAAUACAUCACAUAAAGUUAAUGAUAAAGGAUGAGCUCUUGUUUCAUUCCACUCACAGGUUUUGAAGAUGUUCAUUAUGAAGAAUUAGGGGGUUGGGACUCCACCAAAAGAGA